AUGAGAGCAGGCUUGAGGCAUGUUGACACGAGUAGUCCCGCCUACAAUGAAGAAACCCAGCAUGAACAGGCAGAGGAAGAGCAGGACUGUGCAGGUUUGAAGAGCGUGAGGGGAAAUUCCGGAAAAAAUCUGCUAAAAAAAAAACAUAGUUGGAUCAGAAUGGCAACGCUGAACAAUACUGCAGUAACUAAUGAUAGUCAUGUCUACCGUUGUGAGUUAAAAGAACACUUCAAGUACAUUCUCCUCCCGGUGAGUUACACUCUGGUGUUUGUGUUCGGUCUGGGGUUGAACAUCACGGCCAUGUUUUUCAUCUUGUUCCGAACCAAACACUGGAAGCCCAACACCAUCUACAUGAUCAACCUCAACGUCUGCGACACGCUUUACAUCCUCACCCUGCCGUUCCUCAUCUACUAUUACGCUGAUAAGAACGACUGGCCGUUCGGAGAGCUGAUGUGUAAGCUGAUUCGCUUUCUCUUCUACACAAACCUCUACGGAAGCAUCCUCUUCCUCAGCUGCAUCAGUCUGCACCGCUUUUUAGGCAUCUGCCACCCGAUGCGCUCUUUGUACUGGAUGAACAGCCAUCGCGCUCGUUUGAUUUCUGUGGGAAUAUGGGUGAUCAUUCUCAUCUUACAGGCACCGAUUCUUUAUUUCUCCCAGGUGAGACAUAAUGGUAAUGAUCUGGUCUGUCAUGACACCACCAUCAAGGAGCUCUUCAAAGACUUUCUGGUCUACAGCUCGGUGGUGAUGUUUCUGCUUUUUGUCAUACCGUUUGGGGUGGUGCUGGUCUGCAACUGCCUGAUGGUGAAGAAACUUCUUGAUCCCGGUGUUCUCAGAGAACCAAUGUCACAGCGCUCCAAACAGAAGUCGGUGAAGAUGAUCAUUAUUGUGCUUCUGACUUUCAUGUUGUGCUUCUUGCCUUUCCAUGUGAACCGCAGUAUAUACUACACCUUCCGUUACCUGGACAAACAAGACUGCGACAUAUUACGACUCUCCAACAACAUCUACAAGGUCACGCGACCUCUGGUCAGUCUCAACAGCUGCAUCGACCCCAUCCUCUACUUCAUGGCAGGACAGAGCUUCAGAAACAGCAUCAACAAGAAAUCAAAAAAGUCUGACAAAUCCCUCUCAACAUUAUAGUAAAAAUUAGGAUUUCUUUAUUUCACAGUAUUUCUAAAUGGCCUAAAAUGUCCGGUUUUGGCUUUGUUUUUAUACUUGCUCAAACGAAUGACUGAAAAGUAGUUUGACCAAUAGCAUGCAGGCAUAGUGCAUAAUUGACUGAUCGUGGCAUCCGAGAAGGUGGGAUCUACAGAAAACGGUCAAAGAAAGCGAUGCAAAUACAUGUAAGCCUACAUAUAACGUAUGAAGACUGCAGAGAGAGCAUCAAUAGGAAAACAAAGCCAAAACCCGGACAUCUGGCAGGGAAAAUAGGGCUUUUCACACUGCGCUCAACCUAACGUUGUUAGAGGAAUGCUUCAGUCAUGUAGCUAAUUUAGAAGCGAGGUCAGCACCGUUUUUACCCUGCAAAAUAGACACCCAAUCGCUUGCCUCACCUAUGAAAAGGUGACAGAAAACGCGUCAAUUGGAGUGAAGAGGCCAUUUUAUUUGCACCUAUAUAAUACGUAGCAGAUUUAAAUCUUACAAAUAUAGCUGCCUUCACGCCAUGUCAUAACUACUCUCAAGUCCCCGGUUUGAGCGAUCUCUCCCCGUGCUAUUUCCACAGAGGGGGAUGCAAGUGGGUUAGUCUUGUGUAUCCAGACAUUCAGACUGAUGGCAGAGGGUUCUGGGAACCUUGGUUGGCUGCUUUCAAUGGGCAAGACCCACCCAAGAGGCCAUAUGACUGACAGGUAAAGAAACUAAUCAGGUUGCGUUUCGUGGGUGAUUCUAUAAUUGGAGAUACAUUUUUGGCAUUUCAUAAAGUUUAGGGGGAAAAAAGUUCACUAACAGAAAUUCUUUCCAGUAUCUUAUUGAAAACAUAUUCAAUUUUAAAAAUUCAGUGCUUGUCAAACACAAGUGACAUCCUUUUUUACUUUUAAUGAAAAACAAAAACAAAAACAAAAUCUCUUUAUGGUAGCCUAUUGUUUGUUAACACUGUUACGGACAAAUUAGGCAAUGUGUAGAAAUAACAAUAAAUCAUAAAAGGAAAAAUCCUUCUUAUAUCAUUAGACAAUCAGUCCUUACAUUCCAACAUUUGGAACUGAGAUGAUAUUUCACCUAUGUAUACCUUAAAAAUAAUAAUAAUAUUAAAAAUGUAUUGUAUACAGUAUCCAAGAAAAGAAAUGUUUUUGAAAUAUUAUAAGAUUGCAUAAUAUCUCAAAGUUUAUGAUAUUUUUAAACAAUUGUAUUGUUUUUUUUUGUGUGAAAAUAGUUCAUAAACAGAGUUGGCCCAUUAAGUAACAGAAUUGACAGACUUCCAGUUCUGUUGCACUAUUGUCAGCAUUGUUACUCUACCUUGGUAACAGAGUUUGAGGGUAACAGAAUUGACAAUUUUAUUUUAUUUUUGCCAAAAACUCCACUUGCUAGCAUAAAUGCUAAGAGCACAUGGCACUAAUGAAAUCAAGAUUAAAAGACCUUUAAAUAACCCAACGUGUGAUCAGUAAUACAUUUUGUUUUCCUUUUGAUAUUGUGGUAACCUCGCUAAAUAUACUUCAAAAUAAGAUUUUUUUUUUAGAUUCAAAUAUUUUCUCAGAGAGAGCACACAUACUUUUAAGUGCAUCAGAUCUUAUCAGUGAGGGAAAGUGGCAUUAUUUCCUGUACCAUACAUAGCUGUGGAAGAUAAUUCCACCAAUUUAAUAACAAAAUAUGGUACGGUAACAGAGUUGAGGCGAGAUUUAUUGACACACGUUUUUAUAAGAAAAAAGUUAUUUUUAAACAAUUUAAUGUUGUAUAAUUAAGUAAAUGAGUAUUUAGGGCUUUUAUAAAUAAAAUGAAUAUAAUAUAAAAAUAUUACAAAAAGAAAAGUACAGUAAAAUAUUUUGAUAGCACAAUGAUACAUGAUGGAAAAAAGCACUGACUAAUUCGGACAAAAAGAAAUCAAGAUUUUGAGUUAUUUCACUUUUUACACAAAUUAUCAUAUUGUUAUUGACUGUAACAUAUUCCAAUUCAUAACAAUAAGUAGCAAAUUAUUAAAAUAAGCAUUUUUUUUAAAAAGCAGAAAAAAGAAUUACUUCGGACAGCAAAUGUACCUGCAAUUAUAGAAUCACCCUUGUGCCGCACCAUGUUUAGGGAGGUAGAAAUGUCCCCACAAUAACAGACCGGUGUGUAAAACUCUUGGACAUAUUUUAAAGAUUCUAUGCCACGAACUUUAAAUAUUUCAUAUAGGCUACUUUUGAAAAUCCAGCGUUUAGAUGAUCCUGAUAAGUGCUCAUCGUCACAGUUCCAAUUUUGUGUGCGAUAUCUGCAUUAGCUGAGACUACAACUGAGCAUAUGCACGAUUACUUCCUGGUUUUACAUAAGCCAGCUCAGUCAUUUCCGGUCAGCUGUACAGUGCUGUAAAGGGAGCGCCCUUUGCUCAGUUUCUCUACAUAACACAUUCACAAUAUGGAGAAAAGUUUUGUUUGUCUAAGAGGACCAAACGUCCACAUAUACCAUUUCAGGAAUGACAAACAUGAAUGUUAAAAUUAGCCUAACUGCCUAAACAGUUGUGAUAGUGUUUAUUUGUCAGCAUUUAAAUGUACAGUUAUGUGUCUGGACACUUUCUGGGAUCACCAGACUCUGCAUAUAAAAUUAUAUGUUCUUUAAUAACAUGAAACUGUAUGUUAAUUCCGCUAUCAUUAUUUACAGGGUUGCAAUUAAUUUGUUUCUCAGUUUUUGAUAAGAAUGAGGCAGAACAGGUUUCUGUCAGAGUCUCUAUCUAUAUAAAGCACAUAAAAUGAGCUUCACCGGAAGAUUACGAGCUGGCUAAUCUUUAUCCGGAAGUUCUGAAUAGCGCUCCGUGCAUAUGGUCAGUUGGGCUAGUUUUGUGACCCUUUGCAAAAACCCGCCCUCCUUAGUUACUGUUGCUAUGUCCGACAAGCCAUGCCUCUCUCACAUUACACAUCAUGUUCUCACGCACUAAUAAAAAAAAUACAUCGUGCAGCAAAGAGGAAACUAACAAAAUGACAGACAAGACAGAGCAGGUUACUUCUGGUAUGAAACAAACAUUUGUAAUCACGGGAAGGAGGAGGUAGUAACCAGCAAACAUUUAAACAAAAACUUUAAUAAUAAGAUAAACACAAACGAGCGCGACAGCCCCUCAUGGACGAAUGUGGAGCACAAACAGAAACAAAACACAAAAUAAAAUCCAGGCCUGGUCCUCUCUCGUUUUUCAGUGUCGUCGCUCCUCCUUUUAUCCUUCUGGAGCUCCUCCGUGGGAUUCGAGACCGCUGAGUGGCGCAGGAGUCGCGCAAUAACAUUUACUCCACCGGCCUCGCUCCGUUCCCACGGCUCUCGGCCCCGCCCCUCUCAUUACAAUUGUCUUUUUUUUAAGAAAUUCAAACAAUAAAUACUGUUUUGUGGCUCUUUAAUGUGUCGUGACUGAUCGCUGUAUUGCCUCAGUACCAAGCGACACACGUGAACCAAUCGUCUUUUCGUAUUUACUUAAAGCAUGAAAUAAACAUGAAUGAACAUCACAACGUAUUUUAUUUAAACUGCGGAAAGAUGUCAAUACAUACAAUUUUUCAAGUUUAAGUCCACCAAAGUUAGUGUACUCUCCUGUCUGAUUUGUUUGUCGGACAAGACGGUGGAUUUGGCGUUAUGAUUGUUCCGAUCGCCUGUCAAUCAAGCUUUUUGCGAACAGUGGGCUGGUUUUGUUUCGCAGACCUGGCAACCCUGUUUCCAAGUCAUCAGACUCAGAAUUAUGUGUUAUAAGACUAAAUUUCGCAUGCUCAAAGUCUAGUGUGACCGCGGCGUAAUUAACUAUUUAAAGUGUGAAAAGCCUUACUGUUUAUGUUACUGUAACAAUUUCCUGGUAAUCAUCAAGUUAUUGCGUAUAAUCCGUCCAGCAGCAUGUUAGAUCAGAAUAGUGUGCUAGUAUACUGAAAAAGCUAUAGCUUAUAUAUAUGCAACUGUUCAAAGAAGUUUGGGGUCAGUAAGUUUUUAUUUAUUUUUUAUAUUUAAUACUUUAAUUGAGGAAGGAUGCAUUUGAUUAAUCAAAAGUGACAGUAAUAAACUUUUAAAUGUAGUGUUACAAAAGAUAUUUUUAAAUAAAUGCUGUUCUUAUGAACUUUCUAUUUAUCAAAGAACUCUGAAAAAAAUGUCUCAUGGUUUCCACAGAAAUAUGAAGCAGCACAUACGUUUUCAACACCGAGAAGAAACAGAUGAAGAAA